CAAGCGAGAAACAUCCAGGUGUAUAAAACGGGAGCAAAACUGAAGGCGGACAGGAACAGAGAGAGGUAGACUGCAUCAGCAGUGUGGAGCUACAAACAGCUGUAUAGGAUCAGGAGAAGAAGACCUGAAGAACACAACUUUCCACAGAGCAAAUGUGUAAAGCGAUGGUACAACGGACCGGCCCCCACCUGCUUCUCCUAAUAGCCCUGUGCAGUGUGUUAUACUGUCAAACUCUGAGCCUACCGUACACAUCCAUGAGAGCGACGAGACAUGCAGAUGGUUUGUUCACCAGCGGAUACAGCAAACUCUUGGGGCAGCUGUCAGCGCGGCGGUACCUGGAGUCUCUGAUCGGGAAGCGCGUCAGUGAUGACCUGAUGGAGGAGCCGGUGAAGCGCCACUCAGACGCUGUUUUCACAGACAACUACAGCCGCUUCCGGAAACAGAUGGCUGUCAAGAAGUACCUGAACUCCGUCCUAACGGGAAAGAGAAGCCUAGAAGAUCCUGGAACCAGCGAACCAGAGGAAUCCAGGGAUGAACCUAACACUUUCCAGGAGAGCUACGAUGACAUCAAUGUAGACCACCUCCUGAACCACUUUCAGCUGCCGCUUUGAGGAGAGGUCCACGCUCGAAUGAAUACCUCAAUUCAUCCUAUGAAAAUGCUAAUUACAAAAAAAUAAAUAAAUACAAUUUAAAACAUACUUUUAAUUUAAUGCAAAGGACAUUCAGAAUGGGAUUAAUCAACAAUAAUGUGUUAUUUCAAUGUGGCUAUUUAUCUAUCCAUCUACACAGUACAUGUUUACACUGUAUAUACACAGACAAUGGUAAUAGCUAUACACUCUGCAGACCCACUAAGUAACAUGUGUGUCUGUGUGCAGGUUGGGUUGGGUUGGUCAGAUGCUAAGGUGUAAAAUGAAAAGGGUAAAUUUAAAACAGGUUGGUUUGGUUUUCAGGCUUCACUGUUCCAGUAACGUCAAAGGAAGCCUUUGUUCUGAAGCUUCUGAGAGGUUUCUCCCAUCAACAUCAAAUUAAAUGUUUUUUUCAUCUAAAUCUGAGCAUCCUAAAGUUCUUAAUUAAUUCUUACAAAUUUACAUUUGGAAACGCUCUGUUAUCAGGUCUGUCAGAUUUUUUGUGGGACAUAAAUCCCCACAAGCGUUUAUUUCCUUUUUGAAGAAAUUUAAAAAUACACACAUUUUGCUAUUAUAUUGAAGCAGUUGUGUUUCAUGUUUUUCUCAAAAUGUCCUAACAAAGGUCUUUACAUGUAGAUGUACUUGCAAAUGCAGAUGAGCAACAGAUUUUCCUUCAGAUAUUCGCCCAUUGAUUUAGAGUGGAGUUUAAGGCAGCAACCUUAUAACAGAAGUGCAUUGAAUACACAAUAAAAGUAUCAAUUGCACAUCAAACUGACUUUAAAUCUGAAUUCUCAGUGGUAUAUGAAUUAAGAACCUUAACAUUUGGUAAAGCAACUAAACAAAAUAGUAGGUUAAAAGAGUAUGGUUGAAGUUAUGUAAUUUGUUACCUACAUGUUUUGCAUUGGGCCUGUUCAACUCUGUCACUGAAAUUUGUAUUUAUAAUGAUUAAAUUGUUAAAUAUUGCAAGCCAAACACUAACUUUCAGUAAGAUCUUCCGCAGUGUGUUAAGUGAAAAAGGACCUUUAAUGAUUUGUAGAAAAAUCUCCAUAUUUAAAAUGUUACCCUAUAAUGAAAAAUGAGCAAUUUUGUUGUUUUUGAAUGCUAAAUUAUAUAAAUUAUAACAAUGAGCUAUCUGUUCCAUUCAUUUCCGAUGCUGUAAUUUCUAGAACAAUUGCUGAGCAUUUUCAGAGAGUCUGUAUGCGACCUUUGGAUUAUUAACAGAGGAGACUAGAAGGCAGAAGGACGAAACUUGGAAAUGACAUGGAUGCAUUUAAUCACUUGAUACUAUUCAACAGGUAAAGAGGUUUUCAUUGUGCAUAGAACUGCCUUCAGCAUAUAUGGUGAUGUGAUCAGAACUGACCAAAUAAAAGAUGUUGGUUUAUUUUUCAAA